CAGUAAAUCUGAUGCACUGCUUUGUCCUUUGCUCCGACUGGAUAUAUUUAGUGGUGCAACAGCAUGUCCUGGGGAAUAUGAGCUGGAGGUGGAAGAUGAAGUUCACAAAUCUUAUGGCAAAGGCUCUCUACGACAACAAGGCAGAGACACCUGAUGAGCUUGCGUUCCGUAAAGGUGACAUACUGACGGUGAUAGAACAGAAUAUCAAGGGGGAUGAGGGUUGGUGGCGAUGCUCCCUGCACGGACGGCAAGGGAUUGUACCCGGAAACCGCCUGCAACUGCUCACCGGCUCGCAAUACGACAUCCCAUCUCUGUACCCCUCCCCCUGCUGGACACUGCGCAGGACAUCACAGCAAAAUAUUUACCAGAUGCCAACAAUACAGCAUCAGGGCUCACCCUCGCCUUCCCUCUCUGGGCAGGGGAACAACGUCUACCAGGUACCAUCACGGCCUCAGUCUUAUGGUCAGUAUUACCAAGUGCCAGUGUCAUCUGCUGAAUACUGUUGGGACAGAGGACAAGCACCUCCACGCCAGGUGUUUACACUUCCCAGAAUGGGUCAUGCCUUCAGCCUGAACUCCAUGUCAGGACCUUUUGCGGAUGCCUAUGAUAUCCCAUCAUCCCACGUUCCCAGAACCCAGGGCAGUCAGAUGUCCGGCAGUCCCGCAGCAGCGAGGAAAUAUUCCAUGUUCCAAACAGAGGGAGAGAGGAAACUAAUCCAGCAGCUGUAUGACAUUCCACUGAGCUUCGAGAGGCCGAGAGCUGCAACAGACAGUCAGGUGUACGACGUGCCGCCGCGGGUCAGCCCGGACGGAGCCCCGAGCGCCUACCCCGUACCGGGGUCCGUGGGCAGGGAGAUGCCUGGUGUCCGCCGGCCGCCCUGGGACGGGCAGGAGGAGCGGAGAGGCCAGAGACAGGCGGUGUACGACGUGCCGGUGUCCCGGGAGGAGGCGGCCGGACCGCGGGCGCCCAGCCGCGCCCAGUGGCCGGACUCCGGCCAGGCGCUGUACGACGUGCCGACCCCACAGGGGGGGCGGCUCUAUGACAUCCCCCCCGCCCGGGCCGCUCCAGACAUCUACGACGUUCCCGCCAGCCAGCCGAAGCCGGCGGCCGCCCCGUGCGGACCCCAGGCCAUCUACGACCUGCCGAGGGGGGUCCCGCCAGACAGGAAGGGUCCGGCCUCCGCCGAGCCCGUCUACGACAUCCCGCCGCCCGUGUCCAGACCGCCCCAGAGUGGCCAGGGGUCGGAGCGCAGGCAGAGUGCGGUGGCCGAAGCCCCGGCCACGCCGCAAGGUCCGGCCGCCUCUCCGGCCACACCCCAGCGUCCGGCCACCUUCCCGGCCACGCUCCAAGGUCCGGCCACGCCCCAGCGUCCGGCCGCCUCUCCGGCCACACCCCAGCGUCCGGCCACCUUCCCGGUCACGCUCCAAGGUCCGGCCACGCCCCAGGGUCCGGCCGCCUCUCCGGCCACGCCCCAGGGUCCGGCCAACUCUCCGGCCACGCCCCAGGGUCCGGUCAACUCUCCGGCCCCGUCCCCCGCUCCGGCCAGCCCUCCGGCCGAGGAGCUGGCGCUGGGGGCGGAGGAGGCGGCCUCCGCCCUGACCCGGCUCCAGCAGCAGGUGUCGGCGUCGGUGGCCAGCCUCAUGGUGUUCGUCAGCAGCCGCUGGCGGCUGCGGGACCACCUGCAGCAACACCUGGGGCAGGUGCAGGCGGCGGCCGUGGGCGUGCUCGGCAGCCUGGGCGCCUUCCUGGGCUUCGUGCGGGGGGUGAGGGUGAACGCCGGCCGCCUGACGGACGCCAACCUGCAGGGCCGGCUCCUCAAGCAGCUGGAGGUGGUGGAGGACUCGCACCGGGCGCUGCUGGACACCGGCCGGGAGCUGGCCGCCUGCGGCUGGGCGCUGGACCUGCUGGUGGUGACCGCGCCGCUGGCCGCGCCCGACCACCUCGACCGGUUCGUCAUGGUCACCCGCACCGUGCCCGACGACGUGAAGCGCCUGGUGUCCAUCAUCAUCGCCAACGGGAAGCUGCUCUUCCCCCAGUGUCCGCAGCGGCAACAAGAGGAAGAAUUCGAAAGGCAGGAGAAGGAAAAGGAGAGCAUCCGGCAGAGAGAGAAGGAGAGCUUCAAGCAGAAAAAGCUGUUGCUGGAGCGUCAGAUGUCGGAAGCGAAGAUCCGAAGGCCAGGUGAUGUCAGUGUCAAAGCAAGUCCGGAAGUGAUCCAGUCUUCAACCUCCAGCUCUGAGUCAUACAAAACGUAUUUCAAUGCCCUGCAAAAGGCCAUAGUGUCCUUCACUGACACCAUCAAUGGGAACCAGCCGGCUGAUGCUUUGAUCAAACACAGCAAGGUGGUGAUAAUGAUCGGUCAGAAACUGGUGGACACCCUGUGCCAGGAGACUGGGCAGAAGAACAUUCACAAGGAGGUGCUCAGCAGAAGCAACCAGUUUUGCGGCCGCAUGAAGAAGGUCGCCGUGGCAACCAAGAAUGCGGUGAUGCAGCCAAACCCGACAACGGUGCAGGAAAUGAAAGAGCAGGUGGCAGAACUGCGCCAACAAGCCGAUCAACUCCGGCUCCUUCUAGAACAGAAUGCAACCUUGUGAUGGGACUGAGGGCAUCCUCCACAGAAAUCAACUUCCGAAAUAUACCCUUGCCCUGGACGAGACCACUUACUGUGCCUCUUGUAGUUUGAUUCCAACCAGCUUUUAUUUUCAGAAGGUCAAUCGGGGUCAAAGUGGAGAAAGUGUCCUCUUUUACCCAUUAACCUCAUGAACUCGCAGUGUGUUAUUUCAAUGUCAGAUGGGUCUUGCGUGCCAUGCAGUGAUGUUAAAGUAAAUUAUCUCUUCAUUCGGCCAAGUAGUAUGCUUAUUAGAAAAGAGGAUGAGAGAUGUUUCUAGGUUGGAGCAUCUUCUCUGUGCAUCAUUCAUCGAGCUUAUCACUAACCUGCCAUAUCACAUUCUGAUCAUGCUACCCUUACCCCUCCAAAAACGUGCAUUGGUUUGAACUGUUGUAAUUAUUUAUGACUCAAUAUUAGCAGAAAAUAAAAUGCCUGACAACAAAGGUUUAUAAUCUAAGCUAUCUUCAGCAAGUAAAUUCUCACCUCAGUGCCUUGGUUACAGAAUUCUGUCCACACCAGUAAUCUAACUGAUCAUUAAGAAAAUAUUGCUAAGUUAUAACUGCAGAUGGGUAAUGUACAACAAGCAAACUUCUGCGACUCUUCAUAUUACGUCUUAGAUCUUCAAGAGACAACGUUUCAAAUGCAGAAGGGAGUGAUGUGAGAUCAGCUGAUGCCUAUACCUUUGUGCUUGCCCAGUGUGCCUCAUUUGUGAAAUAUUCUCCUUAUUAAAACCAAGUUUUUCCUUUCUGUUCUGGUGUAAACUAACAGAUUUGAGACGGGGCUGGAUGUAUCAGUUUGCAAUUGAUAUUCCCCUACCAGCCUCACUGGCUCCCCACUGUGACCAACCACAGAAUGUACGUCGUCUUGUGAUGAAGUCUUGGAAAGUGACAGAGAUACACUUGCAUUGACAACCCAUGAACACAUGGUACCUUUAGAGAAAUGUGAUGUUUUCCCAGACAGUGGCUACCUGCCACAUGGGUGCUCAGGCUGACUCAGUGGGGGUGAAACUUGAUUGGAGGGAAACCGUGAAUCACGUGGAGCGUAAGGGAAGCUGUCAAUUUGCUGUUCCUGCUUUGCUCUACUUCAGAAGACGGAUUUCAUCCUCAACAGGUUUUAAAGUUUGCCACUGAUUAGCUGGAGGUUUGAGUUCAGCGGAAUCGAGUGGAUUUUAUCUCCAUUACGUUCCGAGUUGACCCCUGAGCUCGUUGCUUAUCAUGUCAUGGCUGGGUUUGGUGGUCUCUAGGUUAGAACAAAAUUUGCCCAAAUGUUUUGCUUUUGCUUGCCGUGGGUUUGUUUAGUUCCAGGUGCACACUGAAUGUUAGAGGCAGAGACGGAUCCAGUUUUGAUCAGAAGCCCGCAUGUAGUGAAUGGGGAAAAAAAUGUAGUGCCUCAUCAAUCCUGAGUGGGAAUGGAGGAGAGAGAAGGAAAUUCAUGUUCCUAACCACUCAUGUAACAUAUCCUUGAGUGCCUAGUUAUGAUGCAAAUCAUUGUUGAAUAUCCUGCCAACACUCACUACUAGGUUCACAUAAAGAAUUGCAGUGCAAUCUUCAUUUUAGGAAAGUUGGGGGAGGGGUGGGGAUAAGGGAGACUAGAAAGGAAAGCAGGACCAUUAAAUUUCUUGUACCAAUUAAAUACACACCCAAAGGAUGACGGAGCAGCAGCUCCCUAAUGCCUGGAUAAGAUGCAAGCUGAGGUUGCAGAUGCUCCUGUUUCUGUGACCCUUAUCACUGAAAGAUUCUGGACAACAUUGGGAGCUAGAUGUGGACAGUGAUGUAAAGUGAUUCAGACAAAGCACACUGCAAAAUACUGUUAGAAGAUUCCUGCAUAAAAUUACAAUAUUUCAAGAAAGAAUAUAUUAAAUAAUUCCUGUAAAAGUUGCACAUGAAUCCAUUCAGUAUAAAAGUAAUAAUUAAAACUUUGAAAAUGUGCAAUUUUUAAAAAACAGAAGCUCUCAACUUAAGUGAUUUCUUUUUAAACAGAUAAGUCACAUUCCUGACCUCUAACCAGCUGGCCUUUUAAAAGACUCCCACAUAUGGGGUUCAGGACUGGCAUGUUUCUGUGAGAAUGAAAGAUCAGGAUGGCAUGAUUUGGGAACCUUCAAUGUCGAGAGAGAUUGUAAGUUUAGUCAAAGAGGGAAAAAAAAAGAUUUGGGAAGCUGAAAUCGGUCAAGGGCUUUGAGGAACAUAAAGCAAGCAGGAAGGAACUUAAAUAAGGAAUUAGGAGGGCUAGAAGGGGUCAUGAAAUGUCCCUGGCAAAUAGGAUUAAGAAUCGCAAGGCAUUGUAUACAGAUUUUAGGAGCAAGAGGGUAGGUCAGGAAAGGGUAGGUCCACUUGAGGAUAAAGAAAGGAAUUCUGGAGUCAAAGAACGUGGCCAAGGUUCACAUUGGUUUCACCAAGGAGAAGGAUGUGGAUGAUGGUGAGAUUUGGGAGGGGUGUGUUAAUAUUCCAGGGCAUGUCAAUAAGAGGAGGCGUUGGGUGUGUUGAAGAACAUUAAGGUGGAUAGAUCGCCAGCGGUCAGAUGGAAUCUAUCCCAGGAUACUGACUGAGGCAAGGGAGGAGGUUGUUGAUGAGGUUGGUAAUGUCAAAUACUAGAGGGCACAGCUUUAAGGCAAGAAGGCGAAAGUUUAAAGGUGCUUUGCGAAGCAAUUUUUUUUUACACAGAGAGCGUUAGGUGCAUGGAAUGGGCUGCCGGGGGAGGUGGUAGAAGCAGAUGCAAUAGUAAAGGAGGGGUUUAGACAGGCACAUGAAUAGGCAGGGAAUAGAGGGGUACAGAGCAUGUGCGGGCAGAUGCCACUAGUUUUGAUUGGCAUCACAGUCAGCACAGAUAUGGUGGGCUGAAGGGCCUGUACUGUUCUAUUGUUCUUUCCUAGAGGAAAAAAAGGACUGCAGGUACUGAAGAUAGGAAAAGGGGAAUAUAUAGGGGCUUUUCUCCCCUAUAUAUUGGGCUGCCUCUUUUCCUAUCUUCAGACCAGAAGAAGGGCCCUGACCCGAAACAUUGACCAUCUGCUUUUCUCCACGGAUGCUGCCUGGCCUGCUGAGUUCCUCCAGCAUCAUCGUGUUUUUCAUAUUGUUCUUUCCUAUUGUUUAGUUUAUAAAAUUAAUGUCUCUGGCUUACAAACUACUUCAGUGUAAAAUUGAAAGGAAUACUAGCGUAAAGUGUUGCUACCAUUUUUUACACAAAAUAUUGAACUUUGAACAUUGGGAGACUGGAAAGGAGCAGUUUCUGAGCCAAACGGUGCAAGUCAGUUGAAGUUGUGCAGUUACCAUGAGAUUGGCACUCAAAUGGAGACCCAAGGGCUUUGUGUGCCAUGAAGUAGGCAUUCACUCAUCAAUAUGGAUACGGUCACUGAUACGGGGUUCCAACACCGUCCGACCCGAACCUGUAUUACUGAGUGUAAAUGUACCGAUGUAAGUAUAUUUAAGCAAACUGCACAGUUCAGUAAGCAACCCACACCCAGCCCGUUACCAGCACCAAUCCUCUCCCAGCAUCUUGUGUUACUGACCAAUUCCGUACCCAUGCAAAUCGAUCUCUGCACACUGCAAGGCUCAGUCAUCCUCAAACCCACCCCAGCAUCCUGAGUACCUCAAAAGACAUUGGGUCAGAGCGUACUGUAAAAGUAAGUGACUGUGACAUGGCUAUUUAUUGAAAAGUGCAUUGCUGUAAACCUGUUGGUGCAUGUUAAAUACUGUGAUGUUUUAAUUGUGAAGUAAAUAAGAACUAAAUUUAUCACAGGUGUUUGGAACUGAUGAUCACAAGCAAAAAUAACUUUGUAACAACAUGAAAACUGUCAACCAUUUGCCAACCAACAUUUCUGAGAAUGGAAAUAUAUUGUCACAGGUAUGGAAUCUAAUUUCUUCAGGUCUGGAGAUUUUCAAAAUGCCUGAUACUCAACUUUAUAUUUUCUUAAUCCUCCUUUUGUUCCCUUUUCUAAUCCAACCUUUCUUUCUCUCCUUGGUUUAAUCUUUGACUCCUUUUAAUCUACCCCUAACCUCGACCCCUCCUGUGGGUAUAUCUCACUCCUUGAAUCUCUUUAAGAAGAUGGCUUGUUGGUUGCCCUGGUUUCCCUUCCUCCUGUGCUGCCAGCUCACACUUUCACCAGCUUUGUGUGAUGCUAACCCCAAAAACCUCUGAUCUUGGAAGCUAAGCAGAUUCAGGCUGUUGGCACUUGGACGGGAGAUUGCUAGGAAAGACCAGGAGCCAAAAUAAAAGCCAUUUGAGCUGAAGUUUGCCGGGUCAUCCACGCAGCUGUAGAUCUGUUAUUCCACACUGCAAUAUAGUGGGUGACGGAGAGGUUGGGGCUGUUGCCUCACAGCUCCAGGGUUCAGUUCUGCUCCCCACUGCUGUCUGUGCAUGCUAUCCCUGUGACUCCAAGGGUUUCCCCCAGAACUCUGGGUUCCUCCCUUAACCAAAGAUGUUCUGGUUGGUAGGUUAACUGGCCACUAAAAAUUGAUUGUGUAGCUAGGUGGGUGGGAAUUGGGGGAGUGGAUGGGGAUGAAAGAGGUAAAAUUGGGAUAAUUGUAAAUGGCUAUUUGAUGGUGGGUGUGACCAUGGUGGUCUGCAGGGCCUGUUUCUGUGCUGUAUGACUGAGUUUUAUGAUCUAUGAUCCCAGCCAGCUGACUGUUACUGUCCAGUGAGGCUGAAGUAAAACCAGUUGCAAUUCUCGCUAACGUCUGUGUCACAUCUUAAAUACACUAAAAUGUAUCAAAUCACUUCAUAGGUGUGAUCACCAAAUAAAAUGCCAUGUGGCCACAUGAUGAGGUAUUAGAACGGUUGACCUGAGAGCUGGGCUUUAGUAAAUGUCAAAGGAGAGGUUGCAAGUUAAGAGAGGGAACUCCAGACAUGUAGCCCUGGAUCACUGUGGGUCGGCCCACUGAUGUCAGUGGUACACAGAGGGUUGUCAGCCCAGGUAGGGUUACAGAGUAUGAGGGGAGUAAGAUCACAGAGAAAGCAUGGAUGAAAAUUUUAAAAUUAAAGCAUCAUCUGGGCGGGAGCCACAUCAGGUCAACGUGCAAAAGGGAAGGUUUUGCUGUUGAUGUCUAUCAGCGUUCCUUGUCCUUAUUCUUCUUCAGAAAGCCCUCGGGACUGAGAAUGACUUGCUUCCACUCUGGUUAGUGAGGUGGCUGAUCUCGGUGUGAUAACCGCAGACUCUUCCACAGGCAGAUGGUGGGUGGGUGGGUAGCUUGUCAGGUGGUGUGCUGCUGCUGCUGUUAAUGUGCGCCAUCAGGAUGAACAGAGUCCAUUCGUCGGGUCCAGCCAGGGCGCAGCUUGGUAGAUCUGCUGCCUCACAGCUCCAACGACCUGGGUUCAAUCCCGACUUCCGGUGCUGUGUGUGUGGAGUUUGCACAUUCUCCCUGUGACCACGUGGGCUUCCCCAGGUUCCUCCCACAUCCCGGAGACAUGCAGUUUGGUAGGUUAAAUGGCCGCUGGGAAUUGCCCCUACAGUUUGGGUCAUGGUUGAAUGUGGUGGUGUGGGGGAGGUGAGGGGUGGAGUGUGAUGUGGAAAAGAAUAUGAUCAGUGUGAACGGGUGGGGAGUUAGAACAGAAUAGGAUCAGUGUGAAUGAGUGUUUGAUGGCCAGUACAGAGUCAGUGGGCUAAAUGGCCUGUUUCCAUGCUCUGACUCCAUCACCAAGAAUGCUCCUUCUCCACUUUUGAGUGAUCAUGGGCCAGAGAUCCCUAUGUCAGUGAUGAUGUAAAUUUUUUUUUUUUGCAAGAGGCUUUGAGAAUAUCUUUGAAUCUUCUGUCUGCCUGGUAACUUCUAAUCUGAGCUCUGUCAAGGGAAGAGUCUUGGGUUGGUCACGUGAAUAGCAUAGCCUGCCCAAUGGAACUCAGUGAGUGUAAUUAGGACUUCAGUGUGGGGCUUUUGGCCUGGGAGAGGAUGCCAGUGUUGGUUCACUUAUCCUGCCAGUGAAUCUGGAAGGUUUAGUGUAGAGUCAGUGGGCAUGAUGCCAAGAAAACUACAUCAACCGCCCAACGCUUCUCUCAGUCUUUCUCGCGGCAUUGCUGCAGGUCGUAGAGUCAGUCAUACAGUAUGGAAACGGACCCUUUGGCCCAACUGGUCCAUGUCAACCAUGAUUCACACCUUUGCUGGUCCCACUUGCCCACGUUUGGCCCAUAUCCCUCUAAACAUUUCCUAUCCAUGUAUCUUUCAACUGUUGUCGAUGUACCUGCCUCAACCACUUCCUCUGGCAAUUCAUUCCCUAUACAGACCACCGAAAAAAAUGCCUCUCAGGUUCCUAUUAAAUCUUUCCCCUCUCACCUUAAACCUAUGCCCUCUAAUUCUUGAUUUGUCAACCCUGGGGAAAACUGUGCGCAUUGCCCCUAUCUAUGCCCCUCAUGAUUUUAUACACCUCUAUAAGAUCACCUCUCAUUCUCCUAUGCUCUAUGUCAUCUCCAGCAUCUUCCUGCUGAAGUAGAACUAAUCUACAGAAUGAAUAAAAACCUGCAUCAUCCCUACACGAGAACCAAGAUGACCCAACCUCUGUCACUGAGUGCAGUAUGCAAAAUGUGCUCGUCUAUCUGAAAGUUUGGUGGCCAAGUCCAAAGUCAUCUUCCAAUCAUUCUCACAAGCAAAUGAGUUUCACAUCUGCUAAAUGAAAGUCCUCUACCAACCUGAUCCCAUUGUACAAUGCUGCCCCCUUCCCCAACAAUUACAUUCACUUGCAAGUCAUCUGGCAAGUGGGGACCACUUCCCAUAUGAAAAACACUUUGAUACUGGAGGAACUCAGCAGGCCAGCAGCAUCUGUGGAGAAAAGCAGGCAUAGUGUUUUUCAUUUAGAUUCCAGCAUCUGCAGUCUGGUAUUACCACUUCCCAUCUCUUGGGAACCACCUCUCAGUGAAGGUGGGCAUUAGUGAAUUUCAUCAUCAUCACUUCCAGUGCCCCCUGAGUGAAAGAAGCAGCCACAUAUCUUCUGCUCAAUCAGGUAACUGUGAUCCUAACCCUCCAACAUGCUUCUGAGAGCAGGACCAUUGAUAGCAGGCAGCAGGGAGACACCAGCAAAGCUGCCUCUGUAUCCCUCACACUCUAAGCUCAGUGACCCCUUCCCUAGUACUACUGAAUCAAUCUUUACUGAUUGUAAUGACCUCAGUAAUGUAUCCAAGUCAAGAUUACAAAUAUCUUCAGUAAUCACAGAUGAAACAGAGCAAAUUUCACCAAUCAGAAAUAAUGUUUAAAUUCUUAUCAGUUCUUUGCAGCCAUUUCAGCAGUUUUGACGGCAAUACGUGCUGCUAUGACAAUUAUAAUUUUCUUUUUUAACUUGUGUUUUUAUAUUUGCACCUGAUGAGGUUUGUUCAGCUCCUUAUAUGCACCACCUCUCAACUUACAGCCACUUCAUUGAGCAAUAUUUAGCUGGUGCUGCUGAGACCCCACCCCAAAGUUCUAAAUGUGGGGCAUAGAGGCUGGCAAGGGUCAGAGCAGUGAAACAUUAGUGUGGGAGCUUCAUUACCCUGACUUGAUAGUGGGAUGGAGCUGUGCCGACCAGGAAUCUCCCAGGAUUCUGCUGUUGAUCCUGGAUGAGGGAAGGCUCACACUCUGGCAUGCCUCUGCUGCCACUCAUUCUGUACCUCCACCUGCCGAAUGAGCACUUGGGUAACUAUGGGUGAUUGGAGCUCAACUCCAGUUGGUAGCUUGAAAGGUGCUGCACGGUUGUUUCCAAAAUUAAUUCCACUGAAGAGCAUGACAUGCCUCUCUCAUUCUAGUUUGCUGAAUGCUACUGAGCAGGAUGAAUUUCUAGGAAAGGGCACCAGUGACUGCAGAGAGAAAUUUCAGUGAGAUUUGCUAGAAGACAGGCAGGUUUGUAUUUAUAUAGUGCCGUGAAUAGCCUUCAGAACCUCAGUAGGUUUCAUUGACCUUCAGGCCACUAAGCGCCAUUGAAAUGUAACUAGUGUUACAAUGUAGAGAAACACAGCAGCCAAUUUGCAUUCAGCAAGGUUCCAUCAACAAUAAUAAGAUAAAUGGGCAGAUAACCUAUUUAAAUAUUUGUUCAAGGGAUAAAUGUUGGUCAGGACACUGGAAGAAGUUCCUGUUAUUCUUCAAUAAACGUCAUGAGAGAGAAAAAAAAACUGCUGGAGGAACUCAGCAGGUCA